AUGAAUCCUGCCCUGCCUUGGAUCCUUCCUCUUGGAUGUGCGCUGCUCCUCACAAAGGCAGCCGAAUGCUUUAUCUUGCCCAACUCGAGUCACCUGGAGAGCAUUUUGAGUAAAUAUCAGGAUGGCGAAACUCAUUCCAGAUCCAAGAGAGCCAUUUUAUUCUCAGACAGACAAGAAAUAUUGAUGCUCCACAAUAAGUUGAGAGGCCAAGUGUAUCCGGUGGCCUCUAAUAUGGAAUACAUGACCUGGGACGAUGAGCUGGAAAGGUCAGCCCACGCUUGGGCUCAGCAGUGCAUCUGGGACCAUGGGCCUAGUGCCCUCAUCAGGUCGAUUGGCCAGAACUUGGCAGUUCACUGGGGCAGGUAUCGGUCUCCAGCUUUCCACGUCCAGUCUUGGUACGACGAGGUGAAAGACUACACGUACCCAUAUCCCCACGAGUGCAACCCGUGGUGCCCCGAGAAAUGCACUGGCUCGAUGUGCACGCAUUACACCCAGAUAGUCUGGGCCACGACGAACAAGGUCGGCUGUGCCGUCAACGUCUGCAAGCAGAUGAACGUCUGGGGCGAAAUCUGGGAAAACGCCGUCUACCUGGUCUGCAACUACUCGCCGAAGUAA